AUGUCUAACCUCAAAUCUGCAAUGCCAUCAGGGCUACCAUCAGGGCUACCAUCAGGGUUACCUCCAGGCCUUUCAGAUAUCAAUCUCGGUCCAUCCCCAUUCACAGGUUCCUUCUCAGGUGAUUUCUUAGGUCUUCCAAUACCAGACGACGACCAACUCUGGGGUCUCAGCCCCGUCUCACCGAUGGCUACGGGCUGGGACAAAGACUCGGCAUUUGCCAAUUCCGCGCUCGAACGAGACCUCAAAAACGCCCAAGUCCGAAAUGGUCAACCAACUCCACCCCCAUACGACGAUCAAAGUCGGGAUCAUCUCUCUCUAGACAUGAUGGAAUCCGCCAGCAAACGACGGCGCGUGCGCGAAUACAAAACCGCCGCCGCUAGCCUCAGCCCGGACCUUGACGAUGCCCCACACGAACGCGCCAAACGGGCCAAAUUCCUCGAGCGCAAUCGUCUCGCCGCCAGCAAAUGUCCUCGAAUUCAACUUCAAGGAACAGUCCGAAAAAAGGAACAGCUCGUUGCGGAAAUUGCACGGCUGCGCUCCGAGAUCCUGGGUCUGAAGAAUGAGGUCCUGAAACAUGCGCAGUGUGGUGAUGAACCCAUCAAACUCCAUCUUGCGCAGAUGGUGAAGAAGAUCACCGAUAAAGAUGGGGCGCCGUCUGGUGGAUUACCCGAGGAAUCCCCCGUCCGGAUCCAAGAUCAGCCAUCCGUCUCCCCGCUCGAACCAACCCCAGCUGCGCCGGUGACGGCUUCUGUGCCGGUGUCUGCGCCCGCGCCCACGGCGAUGUCGUUUGGUUUCGACGAUCCUCUUCAGCUUGAGCCGGCUGCCGCGGCGGCGGCUGAGGCGUUUGAACAGCAGAUGCGGCGCGAGUCGGAGGCCUCGCUUGUCUCCGAGGGGUCUUAUUCGUUUUCGGCGGAGGAGACAUCCUUUGACGAUUUGAUCAAUGUGUGA